AUGGAUACCAAGAGCUGUACAACAGCUAUUUCUUCUUUAACCCCAUGCCGAAACUGCUGUAGGACUGCAAAUUUUAGGAACAUCUCUUCUAACAACAGCUGUCAUCAUGGUGGUCUUGAAGCCAACAGCUGCCAAUCAACUGGCCAUGUUCUGAGCACUCCCCAGGACCAGGGCUGCCAACCCACUUCUUGCUUUUGUCGCACACCCACCUACCUAAUAAGCAACUUCAAUGCCUCUUGCUCUCUGGAUGGUCGGGGCUGGUAUGGUGAAGGCAUCAAUAGUAACGAGAAAGAGACCAUGCAAAUCUUGAAUGACCGCCUUGCUAACUACCUGGAAAAGGUGCGAAUGCUGGAACAAGAGAACGCUGAACUGGAGUGUAAAAUCCAGGAAGAGUGUAACAAAGAGGUUCCUGUCAUGUGUCCUGGUUACCUGUCCUACUACACUACCAUUGAGGACCUCCAGAAGAAGAUCUUGUGUACCAAGGCUGAGAAUUCCAGAAUGGUCUCACAAAUUGACAACACCAAACUGGCUGCAGAUGACUUGAGAGCCAAGUACGAAGCUGAGAUGUCCCUUCGCCAGCUAGUGGAGGCUGAUGCCAACAGCCUGCGGCAGAUCCUGAAUGCAUUGACCCUGGGCAAGGCUGACCUGGAGGCACGAGUCCAGUCUCUGAAGGAGGAGCUCCUCUGCCUCAGAAAAAACCAUGAAGAGGAAAUCAAUUCCUUACAGCACCAGCUUGGGGACAGACUCAACAUUGAAGUGACCGCCGCCCCUUCUGUUGACUUAAACCAGGUUCUACAAGAAAUGAGAUGUCAGUAUGAGUCCAUCAUGGAGACAAACCAUAAAGAAGCAGAACAAUGGUUCAACACGCAGAUGGAGAAGCUAAAUCAACAAGUGGUGACCAUCUCUCAACAGCAGCAAUGCUGCCAGAAGGAGAUCAUAGAACUGAGACGCACCACGAACGCUCUGGAGGUGGAGCUGCAGGCCCAGCACCGAAUGAGAGAUUCCCAGGAAUGCAUCCUGGGGGAGACAGAAGCUCGCUACACGACCCUGCUGUCCCAGAUCCAGUGUCUGAUCAAUAACCUGGAGGCUCAGCUAGCUGAGAUUCGGUGUGCCCUGGAAAGACAGAACCAGGAAUAUGAGGUUCUGCUGGACGUCAAGUCCCUACUGGAGUGUGAGAUUGCCACAUACUGCCGCCUUCUGGAGAGCUCAGACAGCAAGCUUCCCUGUAACCCAUGUGCCACCAAAUGUGAGGCUUCUACUUGCACAUCCUGUAAGGCCAGAGCCAUGGAAUGCACAACCCCAGUCUACACAUCCUCAGUCCCUCGUGGUAUACGUGAGCCCUGCAGUGCCUAUGGACCCCUGUCCCGUAUACUGGUCAAAAUAUGCACCAUCACCAAGGAGAUUAAGGAUGGGAAGGUCAUUUCUUCUCACGAGCACGUGCAGCCUUGCUUUAUCACCAGACCUGCCAGAGUCUAA